CGCGGUCCAGUACAUGGACAUUUGCUUUGCCUCGGUCUUGUGAAACUCAUCGGACUUCGCUGGCACGGGGGUGGGGUAGCAGAAGGAGACGGGCUCCAGGACAAGCAAGGCGUUCUCCCUCAGCGCGGAACCUUUCUUCUCCGGUCCGUGCAGGUUCCGGGAGCCGAGGCUCAGCGGGCCGGAAGUGAAGGCGGUUAGUUGUGGUGGGGGGGUUUAGGGACGCGGUGCGGACGGCGGUUUGUGGGCUCCGGGUGGGCUGAUUGUAGUGACCCGCGUCCCGUCUCUGGUCCCGGCGCGGCUGUGCUCGGCUGGUGCGCGGCGUCAGCGAAACGAACGCGGCGCGGACAGAGCGUCUGCGGCUGGGCCCAUGGCCUCCUGCGCGAGCAUCGACAUCGAGGACGCCACGCAGCACCUACGGGACAUCCUCAAGCUGGACCGGCCCGCGGGAGGCCCCAGUGCAGACAGCCAGAGGCCAUCUAACACCUACAAUGGGGACCUCAAUGGGCUCCUGGUUCCAGACCCUCUCUGCUCAGGUGAUGGUACUUCGGCAAACAAGCCUGGUCUCCGGGCCAAGCCAUCUAUUAACCUGCAGGAGAAGCAGGUCAUCUGCCUCUCGGGAGAUGACAGCUCUACCUGCAUUGGGAUCUCGGCCAAAGAGGUAGAAAUUGUGGCCAGCAGUGACUCUAGCAUCUCGAGCAAGGCACGGGGGAGCAACAAGGUGAAAAUCCAGCCCGUUGCCAAGUAUGACUGGGAGCAGAAAUACUACUAUGGCAACCUGAUUGCUGUGUCUAAUUCCUUCUUGGCUUAUGCCAUUCGGGCUGCCAACAAUGGCUCAGCAAUGGUGAGGGUGAUCAGUGUCAGCACUUCGGAGCGGACCCUGCUCAAGGGCUUCACGGGCAGUGUGGCUGACCUGGCCUUCGCACACGUCAAUUCCCCACAGCUGGCCUGCCUGGAUGAGGCAGGCAAUUUGUUUGUGUGGCACUUGGCUCUGGUUAAUGGCAAAAUUCAAGAAGAGAUUCUGGUCCACAUCCGGCAGCCAGAGGGUACGCCGCUGAAUCACUUUCGUAGGAUCAUCUGGUGCCCAUUCAUUCCCGAGGAGAGUGAAGAGUGUUGUGAGGAGGGUAGCCCAAUGGUGGCCCUUUUGCAUGAGGACAGGGCUGAGGUGUGGAACCUGGACAUGCUCCGCUCCAACCACAGCACCUGGCCUGUGGAUGUCAGCCAGAUCAAGCAGGGCUUCAUCAUGGUAAAAGGCCACAGCACAUACCUGAGUGAAGGGGCCCUCUCACCUGAUGGGACUGUCCUGGCUACAGCAAGCCAUGAUGGCUUUGUCAAGUUCUGGCAGAUCUACAUUGAGGGGCAGGAUGAGCCAAGGUGUCUACAUGAGUUGAAGCCUCAUGAUGGGCGGCCUCUCUCCUGCCUCCUGUUCUGUGAUAACCAUAAGAAACAGGACCCUGAGGUCCCUUUCUGGAGGUUCCUCAUUACUGGUGCUGACCAGAAUCAGGAGCUAAAGAUGUGGUGCACGGUGUCCUGGACCUGCCUGCAGACCAUUAGCUUCUCCCCAGAUAUCUUCAGCUCAGUGAGUGUGCCACCCAGCCUCAAAGUUUGCCUGGACCUCUCAGCAGAAUAUCUGAUUCUCAGCGAUGUGCAGCGAAAGGUCCUUUAUGUGAUGGAGCUGCUGCAGAACCAGGAGGAAGGCCGUGCCUGCUUCAGUUCCAUCUCUGAGUUCCUACUCACCCACCCUGUAUUGAGCUUUGGUAUCCAGGUUGUGACUCGCUGCCGGCUGAGGCACACUGAGGUGCUGCCUGCUGAGGAAGAGAAUGACAGCCUAGGGGCCGAUGGGAACCACGGAGCUGGUGCCAUGGAGUCUGCAGCUGGUGUGCUCAUCAAGCUCUUUUGCGUGCAUACUAAGGCACUGCAAGAUGUGCAGAUCCGCUUCCAGCCGCAGCUGAACCCUGAUGUGGUCGCCCCGCUCCCCACUCACACUGCCCAUGAGGACUUCGCAUUUGGAGAAUCUCGGCCCGAACUGGGCUCUGAGGGUCUGGGUUCAGCUACUCACGGCUCCCAGCCUGAUGUCCGACGUAUCGUGGAGUUACCUGCCCCUGCUGACUUCCUUAAUCUGAGCAGUGAGACGACGAAGCCCAAGCUGAUGACACCUGACGCCUUCAUGACACCUAGCACCUCCCUGCAGCAGAUUGCUGCCUCCCCUAGUAGUAGCAGCAGCAGCAGCAGCAGCAGUAGCGGCAGCAGCAGCUCCUCUCUCACAGCAGUAUCAGCCAUGAGUAGUACCUCAGCUGUGGACCCCCCCUUGCCCAGGCCAUCUGAGGAGCUGACCUUGAGCCCCAAGCUGCAGCUGGAUGGCAGCCUGACAAUGAACAGUGGCAACAGCCUGCAGGCAAGCCCACGCAGCCUCCUGCCUGGCCUGCUCCCAGGUCCAGCUGACAAAUUAACUCCCAAAGGGCCUGGGCAGGUACCUAGUGCUGCCUCUGCACUCUCCCUGGAGCUGCAGGAAGUGGAGACCCUGGGGCUGCGCCAGGCUUCCCCCAGCCGUACCCGCUCCCCCGAUGUUAUCUCUUCGGCUUCCACUGCCCUGUCCCAGGACAUCCCUGAGAUAGCAUCUGAGGCCCUGUCCCGUGGCUUUGGUGCCUCUGCUUCUGAGGACCUUGAGCCAAACAGUAUGGCCUCAGCUGCCUCAGCACUACACCUGCUGUCCCCGCGGCCCCGGCCAGGGCCUGAGCUCGGCUCCCAGCUUAGCCUGGAUGGAGGCCCUGGGGACGGGGAUCGGCAUAGUACUCCCUCCCUCCUGGAGGCCGCCUUGACCCAGGAGGCCACAGCCCCUGACAGCCAGGUCUGGCCUACAGCACCAGACAUUACUCGGGAGACAUGCAGCAGCCUCACAGAAAGCCCCAGGAAUGGCCUACAGGAAAAACACAAGAGCCUGGCCUUCCACCGACCACCUUAUCACUUGCUACAACAACAUGACAGCCAGGAUGCCAGUGCUGAACAAAGUGACCAUGACGAUGAAGUGGCCAGCCUCGCCUCUGCUGCGGGGGGCUUUGGCACCAAAGUUCCCACUCCACGGCUGCCCGCCAAGGACUGGAAGACUAAGGGAUCCCCUCGGACCUCACCCAAGCUCAAGAAGAAGGGCAAAAAAGAUGAUGGGGAUUCAGCUAUGGAAUCCCGGCUCACGGAGCGCCAGGUGGCAGAGCCCUCUGAGGACUGGCCAGCACUAAUCUGGCAACAGCAGAGAGAGCUGUUGGAGUUGCGACACAGCCAAGAAGAGCUGCUGCAGCGCCUAUGCAGCCAGCUUGAAGGCCUGCAGAGCACCGUCACGGGCCACGUAGAGCGUGCCCUAGAGUCUCGGCAUGAACAGGAACAGCGGCGGCUAGAACGGGCAUUGGCGGAGGGGCAGCAACGGGGUGGUCAGCUGCAGGAACAGCUGACACAACAGAUGUCCCAGGCACUGUCUUCAGCUGUGGCUGGGCGGCUGGAGCGCAGCAUACGGGACGAGAUCAAGAAGACGGUGCCUCCAUGUGUCUCUAGGAGUCUAGAGCCUGUGGCAGGCCAACUGAGCACCUCAGUGGCCACCAAGCUCACAGCUGUGGAAGGUAGCAUGAAAGAGAAUAUCUCCAAGCUGCUGAAAUCCAAGAACUUGACAGAUGCCAUUGCCCGAGCAGCUGCAGACACGUUACAGGGACCAAUGCAGGCUGCCUACCGUGAAGCCUUCCAGAGUGUGGUGCUGCCUGCCUUUGAGAAGAGCUGCCAGGCCAUGUUCCAGCAGAUCAAUGAUAGCUUCCGACUGGGCACACAGGAAUACUUGCAACAGCUAGAGAGCCACAUGAAGAGCCGGAAGGCACGAGAGCAGGAGGCACGGGAGCCUGUGUUGGCCCAGCUUCGGGGCCUGGUCAGCACGCUGCAGGGUGCCACCGAGCAGAUGGCAGCCACUGUGUCCAGCAGUGUUCGGGCUGAGGUGCAGCACCAGCUGCACUUGGCAGUGGGCAGCCUGCAGGAGUCCAUUUUAGCACAGGUGCAACGCAUUGUUAAGGGUGAGGUGAGUGUGGCACUCAAGGAGCAGCAGGCUGCUGUCACCUCUAGCAUCAUGCAAGCCAUGCGCUCAGCUGCUGGCACACCUGUCCCUGCUGCUCAUCUGGACUGCCAGGCCCAGCAAGCCCAUAUCCUGCAGCUGCUGCAGCAGGGCCACCUCAAUCAGGCCUUCCAGCAGGCCCUGACAGCUGCCGACUUGAACCUGGUGCUGUACGUGUGUGAAACUGUGGAUCCAGGCCAGGUUUUUGGGCAGCCCCCCUGCCCACUCUCCCAGCCCGUGCUUCUUUCCCUCAUCCAGCAGCUGGCCUCUGACCUUGGCACCCGAACUGACCUCAAGCUCAGCUACCUAGAAGAUGCUGUGAUGCACCUGGACCACAGUGACCCUAUCACUCGGGACCACAUGGGCUCCGUCAUGGCCCAGGUGCGCCAGAAGCUCUUCCAGUUCCUGCAGGCCGAACCACACAACUCACUUGGCAAAGCAGCCCGGCGUCUCAGCCUCAUGCUGCAUGGCCUUGUGACCCCCAGCCUCCCUUAGCUAAGCCUGCCUUGCCCAGGGGUGGGGUGGCACUGAAGGCCAGUAGACAGGCCAGGCCAAAGCAGGAUCAUGUCUACCCAUUACCUGCUUAGGCUUCCACCUCUGGGGUGUUUUGGGGGGAACACUGGUUGUGGUUAUGGUAACCAACAGGUUUAGGCUGGGCCCAGGGCGGGUAUUGUGCCUUCUUGGGUUCUGCCAUGCCUGGAGCAUGACCCCCGAGAUUGUGACACCACUUGAGUUGAAUUUUCCAUGUUUAUUUUUACCUCUGUUUUGGACCUUUUUUGUUUUUGAAAACAUUGAGAAAUUUAAUUAAAUGCUUUUGGAAUAAAA